AUGCGGACUACCACUCUCUUUGCCACGCUGGUUGCAUCCGGAGCAGCCCAGCUAUUCACUCCUUCUGACUUGCUCAGCAUUCCUGCCUCUACCCUGGAAACUGUUCCGAUUGGAUUCGGAAACAAGACUGUGCCAAUCAACCGGGAUGUCCAGAAAUUGGCCCCCCGUGAUUGCGCUCUCCUUCCUGCGGGAAGUGGUCCUGUACCGUUGGUCGAUACAGCCCAGGCAUUCCUGAGUGAUACUGCCUUUUCAAACGCCGCUCUAAGCGCCAAGACUCCUUCUGGAUGGUACCGGACCUUCCAAAAUCUUCAGUCUGCCACUUCGGCUUCGGUCUAUCAGGGUUACAAGACCUAUGCAACCUACGACCCUGCCCUGUGUGCAGCCGACUGUGCCAAAAUCUCUGGGUGUGCGGCUUUCAACAUCUUUUUCGAGAGAGAUCCAAGCCAGGAUCCCUCUGUCUCCUGCCCCAACCCAUCGAGUACAACUGUUAUCAAGUGUAGUUUCUGGGGUGUUGCAAUCGGCCCAUCCACCGCUACCAACAGCGGACAAAAGAGGAACGACUUCGUCGUCGUUAUUGCUGGCUCAAACGGAUACCAGCUCUCAGCACCCGUUUAUGAUGUUACCGGCUACAACGCGACCUUCACAGACGCAGCUACCAUCAACGCCCCGUCAAGCUGCAACAGCUACAUCACGUACAAGGCCCACACCAACGAGGCAUACGAUCCUGCUCUGUGUGCUACUGAUUGCGCUGCUCAAGCACUUGAAACAAACCCCUUCAAUGGUUUGAGGUGCCACUUCUUCACCAGCUAUUUGCUAGUGAAGAAUGGUGUUGCGCAAGCUCAGAUCUGUGCUCUGUAUUCGCGUACCUGGGAUAAGAGCUACGCAACCAACACGGGAUACACCUCCGGCUCAGACAUUUACACCAUUCAGUACGCCUACUCUUACUCGUAUACUGCUGAUAUUGGCCCCCUCGUCUGUCCUCAGGAUUCCGCAAACACCCCUGCCACUACGGCCAGCACACUCACUACGCUUGUCAGCACCAAGGCUGCCACAUCUACCACAUCUACCACGGCCAUCACCACUAGCACAUCUGCUUCAUCUUCCUCUGUCAAACCCACGUCUAGCGCAACCAGCAACACGGGUUCUUCGCCCCUGAAGGGAAGCCCUAGUGUGGCCGCCUCUAACUGGGCAGUCAACCAAGGCUUUCAGACUCUCGAGAAGGUAUCAGACGGCACCGGGCUUAACAAGGACUGCCCUACCCCACUGAACUAUGUUGUUGGCUCGCAGGGUGGUUUGUAUGCCGUCUGCGUCGAUACCGACUUCCAGAUUCCUAGCCCGCAGAUCUACUACAACUACCAGUCUAACCAGGAAUGUGCCACAAAGUGUGAGGCCACAAACGGUUGCACCAAGGCUGUGUUCAACCCUUCCACCAAGAUCUGCUACCUCAAGGGCAGCCCUAGCGCGGCAGCCUCCAACUGGGCGGUUAAUCAAGGCUUCCAAACUAUCGUGAAGGUAGCCGACGGUACCGCGCUUACCAAGUGCUUGGUUCCCACUUACACCAUCAAAGUCGGAAACACCAACUACCAGGUCUGCCCUAGCAGUGAUUUCAAGAACAACCCGGCCACAGACAUCUGGUACAACGUCCCCAACGACACCUCCUGCAUCAACCUCUGCCGCAGCCGGUCGGGAUGCACCAAGAUUGUGUACAACUUUGUCACCAAGACUUGCUACAACAAGGGAAACCCUUCGCUGGAGAGCACAGGAUGGAACGUUAACACCCAGUUCCGCGCCAUCUACAUCUCAUAA